AUAAUAAUAAAAUAAUAAUAAUAUAUUCAAUUCUCAAAACCGAAUCUAUCCAUUUGCUCUGAAAGCCAUCGUCGCCGCCCGGAAUCGCCGCACCGUCGCCAUCGGUUUGCGUGCCCGAGGUCGCCGGAAUCUGCCCUGCCCCGCAAGUUGAUCUUCUGCUCCGAUGGAGUCGUUGGUGGAGGCGACGUCCGGCGCGGUGGGUGCUCUGGUCAGCACCACCGUUUUGUAUCCGCUCGACACUUGUAAGUCCAAGUAUCAGGCUGAGAAUCGAGCUCAUCAUCACCAAAAAUACAGGAGCAUAUCCGACGUAUUUUGGGAAGCAAUAUCCAAUGGUCAGUUUCUAUCAUUGUACCAGGGGCUAGGGACAAAGAAUUUGCACUCUCUUAUUGCUCAGUUUGUCUACUUCUACGGAUACAGCUUCUUUAAGAGAUUAUAUUUGAGGGAAAGCGGAUCCAAAUCCAUAGGAACUACGGCAAACUUAGUCAUUGCAGCUGCUGCUGGUGCUUGCACAGCAAUAGUUACUCAGCCUCUUGAUACAGCAUCUGCAAGAAUGCAAACAAGUGAAUUUGGGAAAUCGAAAGGUCUAUUGGAAUCCCUCUCGCAAGGCACUUGGACCGAUGCAUACGAUGGUUUAGGCAUUUCUCUACUUCUUACCACAAAUCCUUCUAUACAGUACACAGUUUUUGAUCAGUUAAAGAAUAGAAUGCUGAAGGAGAAAACGAAGCACGCAGAUGAUGUAUCAUCUCCGGAAGCGCUAUCUGCAUUUUCUGCAUUCGUGUUGGGUGCAGUCUCGAAGUGCAUCGCCACAUGUCUAACUUAUCCUGCUAUAAGGUGCAAAGUGGUGAUACAAUCAAGUAAGUCAGACGACGAGGAGACCAAACCCAAGUCCAAAUCCCAAAAAUCUAUGACAGCAACGCUGCUUUCCAUUUGGGAAAGAGAAGGUGUGCUCGGGUUCUUCAAAGGACUACAGGCUCAGAUGCUCAAGACUGUCCUCAGCUCGGCCGUGCUGCUUAUGAUAAAGGAGAAAGUGACGAAAACAACGUGGGUUCUAUUGAUCGCUUUGAGGAGGUUCUUGUUGGUAACAAAACCGAGGUUGAAGAACACCUAAAGCUAUAAGCUCCCGGGAAAAAAACACACACACCAAAAAAAAGGAGGUACGCUAAUGCUUAUUCGAUCCAUUUUAUUUACUAUUACGUGCAAUAAAUGGGAAACUUGUCUGGAAUAUGAAAUUGAUACUUUUCGAAUGAUUUCUCUUGCAAAUAAUGUCGGGAAAUAAUGUUUAUAGAGUAGGCGUAAUUUUUCAUCUAGUUUGAAGACGGGGCGUGGAUUUUAAUGUAGUAAAGUUAUUGCAUCAUAGGCGUUUAUAAUCGAUCGGGUAGGAACUAAUGUCGGAGUUUAGGACGAAUAAUAGUUCGACAUGAUAUAAAGUAUUGCCUGUGUUCUUUUGGAGUUUA